CCACCUCGGUGGGGGUGCUGGGCUGGGGGAGCGUCUCACACGUGGCCUGGGGAUGGGUGUGCCACGUCCCGUCCCGCUACUCCCCACGCCGUCAGCAGGAGGACAGGAAGUACAGUCCAGCUGAUGCCAGAUCCAACCUCGUCCAAUGGAGCACAGCUGAGAGGGCAUUUGGAAACAAUGACGCAGUAGGCCAGGCCGUCUGUCCAGCAGAAGAGGACCAAGAGAAGCAGCAGGGAAGCACGUGUAUGUGCUUUUAUGUGGACACUUGCCAUUUGAGAGGUUGUGUGGAACAUUAGAUUUUAGCCUAGUAAUAACUCAUAAUAAAUAACUAAUAUAUAUGUAUGCAAGGUAAGCUAGGACAGCAGAAGUUGUUUGCCUUUCAUUUUAUGUCUUUUUACAGACAUUAUUUUACCCCAAACAUUUUUCGACAUGUAAUCUGAAAAUAAGUGUUUCAAAUAUUCCUCACAGCAUGCAACAAAAAGUGUUCUCAAGGGUUUACACAAUAUGUAUAACAUAUUUACAAUAGAAAAUAGCUUUUCAAGUCCACAGAUUGCCAAAGCAGAGGACACAUAUCAGGCACGUAGCUUAUGGCUCGUUCUUUAUUAGCUAUGAGCUGUGUGUCAGAGGCUGAUGUUCUUCACUGCCCUUUGCUUCCAAAACCAAUACUCUCUCCGGCUGGUGAUAUUCUUUCUCUUUUAUUAUAGAUGUAGUUUCAUUCAUUAAAAAAACAACGCAUAGCAAUCAGCGGUUGAAGGACGACGCGCUCUAUGAAGUGGAUCGAUCUCCAGGCCCGCUAGUCCAUGUCGAUGUGUCCUUGGGCAACACACUUUUGGCAAUGGCAACAUUCACACCCGCCCAUCAGAACCAACCAACAAUCAGACCCACCCAUCAGAACCAACCAACAUUCAGACCCGCCCAUCAGAAAUAACCAACAUUUACACCCGCCCAUCAGAACCAACCAACAUUCACACCAGCUCAUCAGAACCAACCAACAUUCACACCAGCUCAUCAGAACCAACCAACAUUCACACCCGCCCAUCAGAACCAACCAACAUUCACACCCGCCCAUCAGAAAUAACCAACAUUUACACCCGCCCAUCAGAAAUAACCAACAUUCACACCCGCCCAUCAGAAAUAACCAACAUUCACACCCGCCCAUCAGAAAUAACCAACAUUUACACCCGCCCAUCAGAGAUAACCAACAUUCACACCCGCUCAUCAGAACCAACCAACAUUCACACCCGCCCAUCAGAAAUAACCAACAUUUACACCCGCCCAUCAGAAAUAACCAACAUUCACACCCGCCCAUCAGAAAUAACCAACAUUCACACCCGCCCAUCAGAAAUAACCAACAUUUACACCCGCCCAUCAGAGAUAACCAACAUUCACACCCGCUCAUCAGAACCAACCAACAUUCACACCCGCCCAUCAGAAAUAACCAACAUUUACACCCGCCCAUCAGAAAUAACCAACAUUCACACCCGCCCAUCAGAAAUAACCAACAUUCACACCCGCCCAUCAGAAAUAACCAACAUUUACACCCGCCCAUCAGAAAUAACCAACAUUCACACCCGCCCAUCAGAGAUAACCAACAUUCACACCCGCUCAUCAGAACCAACCAACAUUCACACCCGCCCAUCAGAAAUAACCAACAUUUACACCCGCCCAUCAGAAAUAACCAACAUUCACACCCGCCCAUCAGAAAUAACCAACAUUUACACCCGCCCAUCAGAGAUAACCAACAUUCACACCCGCUCAUCAGAAAUAACCAACAUUUACACCCACCCAUCAGAAAUAACCAACAUUCACACCCGCCCAUCAGAACUAACCAACAUUCACACCCGCCCAUCAGAACCAACCAACAUUCAGACCCACUCAUCAGAACCAACCAACAUUCAGACCCGCCCAUCAGAACCAACCAACAUUCAGACCCGCUCAUCAGAACCAACCAACAUUCACACCCACCCAUCAGAACUAACCAACAUUCACACCCUCAGUGUAUGAAUUGGUGUAUGAUGUCAUGUAGCUUUGAGUGCCAUUGGGACCAUUCCUGAGUUGAGUAACCUUAUCACACCUGUUACAUCGGUAUAUUCACUUAUGUGCAGGUGGAAACUGAUAGCAUGCAGUCAAGGAGGAAAGGUCAAAGGGUGACCAAACACAUUAGGUGUCCUCUGUGGACCAUGAAUAUCCACAGCACAUUUCGGCACAUUGUCAUGUGGAGUGGACGACGCCAUCUUCUACAUGCUGCACGAGCUUAGUCCACCUGGAUGGAACCGGUGGCUCUGUGAGGAUCACUUUCUUUGACUUUUCCAUUCAACACCAUCCAACCACUGCUGCUGAGUGAGAACCCGCGGGUGGAGGGGGUCAACGCGUCCACUGUCUCCUGGAUCACCGACUACAAAAAGGGGAGGAGUCAACUAUUUUUCUUGAGGAAAGUUGGAUCCUUCGAUGUGUGCAGCAAGAUGUUGGAGAUGUUCUACCAGUCUGUUGGACCAGUGCUCUGGACUUCUCUGUAGUCUGCU